CAGGUUGCAAAACAAUGAACUUUGGUAGGAUUAUCCAGUUUUCCCAGCAUAACUGAAAAGACAAGUGCGCUGUGUCAGAAAGAAACCUAUCUAGCGCUAAGGUUGGACAGGGGCGAAUGUUAAGCCAGUUGUUUUCCCUUUUGGGCUAAAUAUCAAGGCUGAAUUUGAGCUACCAACAAAGGAUAGUUGUUUUGAAAGUCGGGACCUCGUUUUUUCUUCAUCCACCUGACCUGUAACAGCCUGAAGAUAACGCCUUCCUGCACAAAACCUUCACGUUCAUCACGCUGUGGGACGUUUACUGCCUUUAAAAUGUCAGUUUCUCUUCCUUAUUAGACCAUAUGGCUUGUAGCUUUCAUAGCGUUUUUCAACAUUUCCUCGGCAACAUAUGUUCUGAUGAAUAUCCUCUUGUCGUAAUCAGCUUUACCAGGGAACUCUGCUGACUAGCAACAACAUUUUGACUUAACGUUAUCAUUGAUUUUAUUUUUAAUUUUUUGGAGUGAAGCCUAAAUCACAUCCAUGUAGCCCCUCCUCUUUCUGCUGCAACGAAGAGCCACAACACCAGAGAGCUGGCAGUCAGUCUGACACCAAGCACAGAGGAAGACAGAGGAUCUCCAGAGAAUAGACGAGCACGAAGAAGAGAUCAAGGGAUAAACUCACUUCUUGGGACUGUGCCAAAAGGAGUAAAGGACUGGACCAGUGAUUUCGCCUCUGUAGGAUUUUCUUCCUGUGUUUGUGAGUAAAAACUGUAAACUAAACAGGUUUUCCUCCCUGUAAAGUGGAUCCUUAAUUACUCUGGAGAACACUUUUCCUUUUUCUGUACUAUUAGCACUAUGGAAGCUUUAGGCUGUAAACAGUCAAGUGCAGUUCAUGCUUUAGAAAUGUUUGUGUUGUUAGUUGAAUAGUUUAUGUCAGAGUAAUAACAAUGGUUGAACCGGUGGGGUUUGUGGCGGCAUGGAGAGCCCAGUUCCCUGAGUCUGAUCCCCCUUGCAUGGAGCUGAACUCGCUGGGGAACAUUGAACAAGAGCUGGACAAAUGCAAGACCUCUAUCAGGCACUUGGAGAAGGAAGUAAACAAGGAGCGCUUCCGCAUGAUCUACCUGCAGACUCUGCUUGCAAAAGAGAGGAAGUCUUAUGAUGGGCAGCGAUGGGGAUUUAAAAGCACGCCACAAAUGAAUGAUGGAGACCUGCCCAGUGGCCCAGACAGCCAGAGGCCCAACACAGAUGAGGCUACAGCAGAGGAGCAGCAGCAGCAGAGAGAGCCUGGCAAGAUAGCCAGGUGUAAACCACAUCCAGAGGGGGAGGUGGAUGGUGCGUCCUCGGCCAAACAGCAGGGUGGGGUGUCACCUGUACGCCAGGAGUCAGAUAUUGCUGACUUCCCACAGGGCACGGGCUCGGUGGCAGCUCUGAGAUCCAACUUUGAGCGCAUCAGGAGGGCCAACUCCCACUCGGCCGGAGACGGCAGGGGGUUGUCGGUGAGGAGCGUCCAGGAGAAACCUUUCUAUGUCAACAUGGAGUACCAUCACGAGCGAGGGCUGGUCAAAGUCAACGACAGGGAGGUCUCCGACAAGAUCAGCACCCUGGGCAGUCAGGCCAUGCAGAUGGAGCGCAAGAGGUCCCUGCACUCCCUCCCAGGGAACCUGUCGGCCGCCACAGGGGACGUUGGCAAGGGUGUUCAGAGAGGCAGAUCCACCGAGGGGAGCUGCAGCUACAACGGGUCAUACGAUGACGCCGAGGUCAGCUCGCACUUCCUGAAAGACAGUGUCAUCCGUUCCACUGGGGAGAAGUCUGAGCGGCAGCCAGCAGAGUGCCAGCCUUACACCAGCGUGUAUGUUGGGGGAAUGAUUGCUGAUGGGGACACCCGAGUCAUCCACAUUAGGGACCACAGCAUAGAGGAGGAUGCGCACCUCACCUGGCCGAGACGCUCCUACUCUCCCGGCAGCUUUGAUGAAAUAGGAGGAGGCUACACGCCAGACUGCAGCUCCAACGAGAACUUAACAUCCAGCGAGGAGGACUUCUCCUCGGGCCAGUCCAGCCACGUGUCUCCCAGCCCCACCACCUUUCAGAUGUACAGGGAGAAAAGCCGCUCACCCUCCCAGCACUCCCAGCAGUCCUUUGACAGCAGCAGCCCGCCCACACCCCUGUCUCAGAAACGCCUGAAGCAGCAGGUGAUUGUGUCCGAGGCCUCCAUCCUCGGCGUCGAUAAAACGGGCCAGAUCUGGCCCGGUGAUGGGGACUCCACCACGUCCAGCAGGACCUCUCAUGACAACAGUGUUCAAGGAGAUCUGGAGGCUCCCUACAACGAGACCCUUCCGUCUUACGGCUACGACCUGGAGCACCCAGACGAGCACCAGCCUCGCCACGACCCACUUUCCUUCACCGGGUCCCCGUCCCCCUCGCCACGACUCUGCUCUCACAGCCGGAGCAGCCGAGACACCCGGUCCUCCGGCUCCCUGGAGUCCACGCUGUCGGUGGAGUUGGAUCAGGAGAAGGGGCUGGAGAUGAGAAAGUGGGUUCUGUCAGGAAUCCUGGCCAGUGAGGAGACUUAUCUCAGCCACCUGGAGGCCCUCCUGAUACCCAUGAAGCCUCUGAGGGCCGCAGCCACAACUUCCCAACCAAUGCUGACCAUCCAGCAGAUAGAGACCAUCUUCUUCAACGUGCCAGAGCUUCAUGAGAUCCACAAGGACUUCUUUGAUGCUCUGCUGCCCCGAGUCCAGGACUGGGGCCACCAGCAGUGUGUGGGCGACCUCUUCCAGAAGCUGGCGAGCCAGCUUGGAGUGUACCGGGCCUUUGUGGAUAACUACAAGGUUGCUGUGGAGAUGGCGGACAAGUGCUGCCAGGCAAAUGCUCAGUUUGCAGAGAUAUCUGAGAAUCUCAAAGUCAAAAGCCCAAAGGACUGCAAAGACCAGUCGGCUAAAAAUUCACUGGAAACUCUUCUCUACAAACCUGUGGACAGAGUGACGCGCAGCACACUCGUUCUGCAUGACCUCCUGAAGCACACGCCCUCCAGCCACCCGGACCAUCCGCUGUUACAGGACGCCCUGCGCAUCUCUCAGAACUUCUUGUCCAGUAUAAAUGAAGAGAUCACCCCACGUAGACAGUCCAUGACAGUUAAGAAGGGAGAGAACCGUCAGCUGCUCCGGGAUCGCUUCAUGGUGGAGCUGGUCGAAGGUUCCAGGAAGCUCCGUCACGUCUUCCUUUUCACCGACCUGCUGCUGUGCACCAAGCUGAAGAAACAGGCUGCGGGAAAAGGGCAACAGUAUGACUGUAAGUGGUACAUCCCACUGGCCGACCUGACCUUCCAGACCAUCGAGGACUGCGAGUCCACCCCCAUCCCUCUGGUCCAGGAUGAGGAGAUCGACGCCAUUAAGAUCAAAAUCUCCCAAAUCAAGAACGAGAUCCAAAGAGAGAAGAGAACCACCAAAGGACCCAAGGCGAUCGAGCGACUGAGGAAGAAGUUAUCAGAACAAGAGUCUCUGCUGCUUCUCAUGUCCCCCAACAUGGCGUUCAGAGUGGCCAACAGAAAUGGCAAGGGUUUCACCUUUCUCAUCUCUUCUGACUAUGAACGGGCCGAGUGGAGGGAGAUCGUUCGCGAGCAGCAGAAGAAGUGCUUUAAAAGCUUCUCUCUGACCUCUCUGGAGCUGCAGAUGCUCACUAACUCAUGUGUGAAACUCCAGACUGUUCACACCAUUCCAAUGACCAUGAAUAAGGAAGAUGAUGAAUCUCCCGGUUUGUACGGCUUCCUAAAUGUCAUCGUCCACUCUGCAUCAGGGCUGAAACACAGCUUAAACCUUUACUGCUCUCUGGAGGUGGAUUCCUUCGGCUACUUUGUCAACAAAGCCAAAACACGUGUGUACAGAGACUCUACAGAGCCCAACUGGAACGAGGAGUUUGAGAUUGAACUGGAGGGCUCUCAAACUGUGAGGCUGCUCUGCUAUGAGAAGUGCAAAGAGGACGGAGAGAUCACAGACAAGAUCCUGGCCAAAGGACAGAUCAAGCUGGAUCCUCAGACAUUGCAAAAUAAAGACUGGCAGAGGACCGUCAUCGCCAUGAAUGGGAUCGAGGUGAAGCUUUCGAUGAAGUUCACCAGCCGAGAGUUCAGUCUGAAGCGGAUGCCUUCACGGAAACAGUCCGGCGUCUUUGGAGUGAAGAUCAACGUAGUAACUAAGCGAGAACGCUCCAAGGUUCCCCUCAUUGUGAGACAGUGCGUGGAGGAAAUUGAGCGACGAGGGAUGGACGAGGUGGGAAUCUACAGAGUGUCUGGCGUCGCAACUGAUAUCCAGGCACUGAAGGCUGCCUUUGAUUCAAACAACAGAGACGUGUCUGUCAUGAUGAGUGAGAUGGACGUAAACGCCAUCGCUGGAACACUGAAGCUGUAUUUCCGCGAGCUGCCCGAGCCUCUUUUCACUGAUGAGUUGUACCCCAACUUUGCUGGAGGCAUCGCUCUCUCUGACAGUGUGGCCAAGGAGAGCUGCAUGCUCAACCUGUUGCUGUCUCUACCAGAGCCCAAUCUGGUCACCUUCGUCUUCCUGCUCGACCACCUUAAAAGGGUGGCUGAAAAUGAGAGCAUCAACAAGAUGUCUCUGCACAAUCUGGCCACCGUUUUUGGUCCCACUUUGCUGCGGCCCUCUGAAAAAGACAGCAAAAUCUCAAACAGCUCGCAGCCAAUCUCCAUGAACGACAGCUGGUCUCUAGAGGUCAUGUCUCAGGUGCAAGUCCUUCUCUACUUCCUUCAGCUGGAGAGCAUUCCAACACCUGACAGCAAACGUCAAAGCCUUCUCUUCACUACCGAAGUAUAGCAGGAACAUCAUGCACUUGUCUGUAAUUGUUCUGUUCAGAGGCAGAAUGUCUGCUGCCUAAUGAGGUGGAUGCUGCUGAGCAGCCAUGACUCUGAGGAUGCUUUAUUUAGCCACUAGGUGGAACCAUCAACGCAUUGUAAACUGUAAACAGCCCCCAUGCCCAAAGCCAUUCCUUUUGGAGAUGUGAUGAGCACGUGUGUUCUGUGUAUUUACAAGCUUGCCUGCUGUGUCAGUAAAAGACAUACCAUUAUGAUGUAUAGACAUUUUUUUAAAUUUAAUUUAAAUAUCAAGGAGCGUUAUUUACUGUACUUUGAUAUUUUACACUGCCCUGUUCUGUCACUGUGCACAUUAGCUCCAUAUUCACAGACAGGGGUUUCUGCUGUAUUUGGAUUUUGUAAGAUGUAUUUCUGUGAAUGGAUAAUAGUUGAAUGGUUGGAUGAAUGGACAUAUGUUUUUCAUGGCUAUACAUGUUUGUUUCCCCCCCAGAAACGUUUGUCUUGGUUGAGAGCUCACCUGUGCCUAUGUUUCCUUGCUGACGAUGACCAAUAGAACAUUUCAGUUACCCUCAUGUUUACACACACUCUUCAUUUUGUACAGAAUUUAAAAAGUAUGAGACUGAAAACUGUAGUUUACACACAGCAACAUGCAGGCAUGUUGACCUAACCAUUUGAAGUGUGUGCUAUCUGUGCUAUACAAUUUGUAUGGUUCUUCUGGUGGUGUCCGAGCCAACGUUCAUGUAGAUAUGAGUGCUUUUUUUUUUUGGAAGUGGUACAGAGAAGUGAAAGGCAAAUCAUUCCAGGAAAAGGCGAGGCCUAAUCCUUCCACCCAUGGAAUGUAUACUGUGCUGUGUAGAAUUUUAAAUCACAGUUGUCUUUUGUCCAUAUUUCAUAUGUUUUGUGUCCAUAUUGUUGUUGUUUUUUCUGUUGAUGUUAUUGCUUCCGGCAUUCCUUUUCUUUAGUCUACCUAUAUAGGACAAAACCACACUGCUGUAGAAAUGAGAGCACCAUCUCAAAUACCAAAUGUUGCCUAGUGGGGCCCUGGAAGCAUAGUGAUUCACCCAUAUCCAAGUCUCCUGGCUUAUUCAUACGUUUAUCAUCCACAUAGCUAGUAUUACUUACUGAAAAUAUACUGUUCUUUGCAUUAAUAUUUUUUUUCUCCCAAAUCACUACAAGUAUUCAAACACUUGUUAGCACAAACUAUAACCCUACAGGCUUGUGAUUUAUGUAAAAUAAGCAAUAACUCUUAGUGAUUCUUAGGAUGAGACUAGUGGGGAGUGUAUGUAUGAUUUAUGUAAAUAAAAAAAUUGGUAACAUUA